AUGAGAAAAAAUAAAAUAAAAGAGGAUCUAAAUCAUUUUUUAAGUUGACAAUCGCCCUUCAUCUUCUUCCUUUCUCGUUUAUCUUCUGCUUCAUCUUCUUCUUCUUCUAUCCAUGGCCACUGUCAAUCGCUGGAUCAGGCCCGAGGUAUACCCUCUGUUCGCUGCAGUUGGAGCUGCUGUUGGGAUCUGUGGUUUUUCACUUGUUCGCCACAUCUGCAUCAACCCUGAAGUCAGGGUGAACAAGCAGACUCGGGCUGCAGGAGUGUUGGAGAACUUUGCUGAGGGAGAGAAGUACACAGAACAUUUGUUGAGGAAGUUUUCACGCAACAGAUCCCCAGAAAUUAUGCCCGGCAUCAACAGCUUCUUCACAGAUCCAAGUCGCAAUUAAGUUGCUUUGGAUUAAUAAUCGUGGUUGAAUUCUUAAUGUGAGAUAUGAUAUAUUGUGUUAAACACUCAGUAUUAUUGUCAUGCAUCUAGAAAACAAAAUUGUGUUUGAUCUCUCUACCUGAACAGCAUCUAUGCUGUGGUUGAGAACAACAAUACCCUGUCUGUUGCUUUAAUUGUUGCUGCUGUUUUAUAACUCAUGAUGCCUUCUUGCUUGCUUGUUGAAAAUGGUGUGAUAAAUAAAUUGCAAUUGAUAAUCUCAGUUCAAGAUUGUUAUCAA